AUGCCGGCGCGUGGCGCCGCGCCGUGGACCGCGGCUCACGGCCGCAAGCGGGUACGGAAGCAGCAGCAGACGCUGCCCGCGUGGAACAUCCGCUCCGGCCUCCCCACCAACCUCGCCGGGGCGUGCUUCAACUGCACCAGGACGUGCCACAUCUCGGCGGACUGCACCUUCAAGACGGUGUGCUUGCGCUGCGGUGAGGAUGGGCACCAUGCCCGUGAGUGCCCUCAGAAUCGGCGAGCUGGCGGCGAGCGUCGUGGUGGCGAGCGGGGAGAGCGCGCUGCUGGGCCAUCUGCUCCCGCGGGGUUACCCGUUCAUCAGCGUCUUGACCCUAGAGACCAGGCGCCGGUCGCGGCCGUGGAGAGGGUCCCGUCGCCGGACGGCAGGGACCGUGGGAAGGCACCAAUGAGUGAAUGUUAA